AUGCAGCCAUCGCCUCCCAAUAAUUUAAACAAAAUUGUUACCUUCGAAAAUCCGUCAGACUUAUCCAAUUCAUCUAAUCAUGGCACUCACUCUCCUCACCUCCAGUCCGGCGAGCUGGCUAGCCUUUGUCAUAGACUCGACAGUUCAACGGCAAGCUCAACCCCUUCGACAGGUUCAGCAGGAGCAGGAUGGCAGUCGCCUCUCGGUGGUGUGGAGGAGUCAUUACUUGGAUUGAAUUUAGAGCCCAAUUUUGAGAAUCGCCCAAGACCAUCUUAUCAACGAAUUGCUGAGUAUGAAAAUGCACUUGCUCUUAGUCCACCCAGAAAACAACCAGAGGGACCCGGAUUCAAGGUUGUGAAGAAGAAAGGCAGUAUGAGUGAUGAAGGCCCUCAGCUGGAGAAUUUUCCAAAUGAGGUUUUAACUCAUAUCCUAUCGCAUUUGCCCGCGUCUUCUUUAUCUGCAGUCUCACUUCUAUCGCGACGAUUUUACAAUUUGGUCACCACACCUCAUGCAUGGCGCGUCGCAUUUUCAAGAUUCUUUCCAGGUCAAGAUGUCACAGAGGCGCUACCUAAUACAUCUGAUCGUAAUGCGGAAUCCGAUGAACGAGAACAAUUACGCGAACAACGAUUCUUUACGCGAUUGACAGGGCUGGCAAGUUGGAGGAGUGAAUAUGUGAUUCGAACACGACUCCUACGAAGUCUUGCGAGAGGGAAACCUGCUCAAGGUGUCGAACAUAGUGGUUCAAGUCGGUCAAAUAGUGUUGGAAACACAAGUGCUGUCACGACUUACACCUCGGAAUUAUUUACGUCCAUUAAUCAUAUUCAUGGCGUAUUUGGGCAUGGAAAGAAAUAUCCACGUUUUAUUCAUGGAACAGAUGAGACUGGUUCUGCUGGUAGCAGCGAUCCUAAACUUGGAAAAAUUGAUCCUUGGGGUUUGACUGAUCCUCAGGCAAUGCCCCAAUUCGCAGAUCUGUUUACAGGCGAUGUUCCAUUUGGUCUCGGAGAUGGUCCUGCGGGUCUUCCGAAUGUUAUGGAUGUCAGCCAACCGUUUGGAAUGGUGUAUGGAGAAGGUUUCCCAGGAGGUUCGGCUUACUAUAGAGCAGCGAAUGAAAUGCGUGGUCGCUUUUUGGCUCAUUCUCCACCAAGUUUGGCAGAUGCAGAAUAUGGCAUUCCAAAUAUACCACCUCUAACCGAGGCAAUAUCAGCCCUUUGGAUUGCCAGGUCCAUGUCUUUACCCAAAGUCACCGAUGAUCUCAUUGGAAUUAUGACUGGCUCGACACUCGGUAUAAUCACAGCUUACAGCCUCGGCACAGAAAAUCCCAAGGCCAAGCUUGGACAGGUGAUGGCCCGAUGGAUCCCUUGUCCUGGUGUCCCUAUAGUGGCAAUUAGUUUGGAUGAUUCUUAUGGUCUUUCACGCAAAGCCUCGGACCGAGCUUGGGCAGUUGCGUUGAACGCUUUGGGUGAAGUGUUCUACCUGACGGACGUACCUACACAUCCUCUUUUUGAUGCAUCGUUAGAUGAGGAUAAUUUGGGUAGGCAAGCGUGGAUCGCUGGUCGUACUGCAUGCUGGCAAGUUGUGGAGGCAUCCCGCCGUAUAGCACGGGAUGAUCCUUGGCAAGAAGCUGAAGUUCACGGCAGCUACUCCCCUAGAUCUUCAUGUACUUUAAUGAAUCUUUCCAAGCAGCAACUCAAGGCAGAAACGCGCGAGAUCGAAAAGUUCUUGAGAUAUCGUCCCUCACAUUUCCGCAGUAUUUGUGAUGGAUGGGAUAUGCGUCGACGACUGGAGGUUGACUUUAGCGGUGAUGAUAGUAAUGGAGCUGGCGAGAGUGUGUUUGUCAUUGGCCGUGGAAUCAAUUCUGGAGAAAACGCCGAGAUCAAGAGAUAUACAAGGUGUAAAUUCGAACAAGCCUCACUUGAUGGAUUUAAAUUACCAAGAACUGCUCCGGCAACACCUCCAAUACCAUCCGAACCAAACAAAAUACAAUCAUUAUUUGGGGAUGUGUCAAAAAUCAAAUCAGAGGAGCUUACUUCGCCUAAAUCACCAAUAUCGCCUAUGAUGAAGCUUGAUCGAUCUUCUGGAAUUGCGGCAUCCCUCAUGGACGAAGAAUGGCGGAGCUCCUUGCUAUCUUUAAAGUCCUAUCCCGGCGUUGAGAUAAUCACGUCUGCUGUAGAUUUAUCAACAUAUGCCCUACUCACAAUCGACGAGGACCCAUUACACACAGUAAAUGGCAAAACAAGUUUUACCACUUUCUCUGAGACACCAUCUGAUGAGACUUCGCCAACCAGCAUCCCCGGAUACCGUGCGCGUUAUUUAGCUGUUGGUACCAAGACCGGCCAAAUAAUCUUGUGGAAUAUGCGUGGUCCUCAGUCUGCGAAUCCUCAAGUGGUCAAUGAGCUACAUCCAAUUCGUACUAUCGUCACAGAGUCACCUCAAAUAUCAUGUUUAGCAGUUUCUGCAUUAUUCGUUCUCCAUGGUGGUAAUGAUGGCCUUGUACAAGCUUGGGAUCCUCUCGCAUCAUCUACUCAACCUAUUCGCACUCUACACUCCCGCUUCUCUUCCCGUGCUCGACGUCGUUUAAUCCAAGCCGAGGCUCGAAUUCAUGGAGUAGGCAUCAAUCUUUACGCAGCCGGUGCUAUCGUCCUUGAUCCCGAUCCAACCAUCUUACGUGGCAUGGUUUCACUCGGUACUCAUCUUCGAUAUUGGCAUUACAGUUCCUCUGCUGCCGAUCAAUUCCAGACCAAAAAGCGAAGACUUCGACGCGGCGAACGUGGUAGCAAUGGAGCAAGUGAUCGAUUUAGCAAUACUGGUAGAGGAGCUUUGUUGAGUCAGAUCGCAACGGAACAACAUGAACACGCCCAAGAGAAGAAAGAAAACGCCCAAGAGGCAGCCAGAUUUGCUGGCCGAUUUGGUGUUGGGUUCGGUGGUCUGAGUGAAGAAGAAGCUUUACGUUAUGCGGAAAUGGUGUCUGCUCAAGCUCUCAUUGACGACGAAGAACGUCGUAUCAGUGAAGCCGGAUAUUUCGCAGAUUCUGGUGAGAAUUCUCCAAACAAAGGCGAGAAAAGUACUGGAACGAUCACGCCUGAAGCUAGCACCAUAAGUCAGUCCACGAUACCAACUCCAGCUGUAGAGUCUCAGCCUGACUAUGAUCAUGAUCUUGAGCAAGCCAUACGUCUUUCAUUAAUGGAUGGCCAUACAAUUGGUGACAACGGCUAUUCACCAAAUAAAGGUGAUUAUGAUGUCAAUUUCACGUAUAAACAGAAAACUACGAGACGUUCGGCAUCAUCUUCGCCAUCAACCAGCCUAGUAUCUAAUAAUAGAUUUAGAUCAGAACCGUCGAAUUCUUUUGACAAACAUAAUCAAUUGGCAGAUGAUCUUGAUUUUGCAUUGCAACUUAGUUUGGCAGAGGAACGUAGUAAAGAAGAGGCUGAGGCUGAGGAGUUUCCAGGAUUGGGAUUUGUAGGAAAGGGGAAAAGUCGUGCAAAUUGA